CCUCCAGUGUCCGGGCAGUGAGAGCUCCCGCAGCCGCUCAGCUCCCUCCCUACCAGCCCCGUGUGACUGUUGCCGUGCUGUGUGCAGGAAAUGGGACAGGAGCCAUGCUCGGCCUUCUCCAGCGCUCAGCCCCUCUCCGCUAGCCGGGAUCAGUGAGCUGCCGCACGGGAUCCUGCGGACUCGAGUCCCCUGCUGCACGGCCCGUGUGCAUCCUGCCAACCCCCACCCCGCACCAUGGAGCUCCGGCCCAGCGCCGACAUCCUCCGCAAGAACCCGCAGCAGGACUUCGAGCUCAUCCAGAGGGUGGGCAGCGGAACCUACGGGGAUGUGUACAAGGCUAGAAAUCUACAGACUGGUGAAUUGGCCGCUGUCAAGAUAAUUAAACUGGAACCCAGCGAUGACUUUUCUCUAAUACAGCAGGAAAUCUUCAUGGUGAAGGAGUGUAAGCACAGCAACAUCGUGGCGUACUUCGGCAGCUACCUCUGCCGUGAGAAGUUAUGGAUCUGUAUGGAGUACUGCGGCGGGGGAUCCCUUCAAGACAUAUAUCAUGUGACCGGGCCGCUGUCCGAAGUCCAAAUAGCGUACAUGUGCCGGGAAACCUUACAGGGCCUUGCUUAUUUGCACAGUAAAGCCAAGAUGCACAGAGAUAUUAAGGGGGCCAACAUACUCCUCACAGACAACGGAGAGGUGAAGCUAGCCGACUUUGGUGUGGCAGCAAAAAUAACAGCUACUAUUGCCAAGAGAAAAUCCUUUAUUGGAACCCCUUACUGGAUGGCGCCAGAGGUCGCCGCGGUGGAAAAGAACGGGGGAUACAACCAGCUCUGUGACAUCUGGGCCGUUGGCAUUACCGCCAUAGAACUGGCCGAGCUGCAGCCGCCAAUGUUUGACUUGCACCCGAUGAGAGCAUUGUUCUUAAUGUCAAAGAGCAACUUCCAGCCUCCGAAACUCAAGGAGAAGCUCAGAUGGAAUCCAGUAUUCCAUAACUUUGUCAAAGUUGCAUUGACAAAGAACCCAAAGAAAAGGCCAACAGCAGAGCGCCUGCUGACUCAUCCCUUUGUGGGGCAGAACGGGCUGUCGAGGAUACUUGCUGUGGAACUGUUGGACAAAGUGAACAAUCCCGACAACCACCACCAUUAUACGGAGCCAGACGACGAUGACAUCGAGCCUCCGUCUGCUGUGCGCCAUACCAUCCGUUCUACAAACAAGUCAGUAAGAGCCGAGAAGACUGUGUCCGAACUCAACUUUGACAAGUUGCAUUUUGAGCCUCCGCUCAGGAAAGAGACGGAAGCUAAUGAAGGUAGCAGAGAACAUGAGUUUGGGUCCCAUUGGAAUGCGUUUGCAAAUGGCGCAAAUCCUGAUUCCACAAUGAAACGUGCUGUCCCACCACCUCUACCUCCUAAGCCUCAGAGGGUGUUCAGCUGCCCAGAGGACAGCUUGGCGGAUGACGAGAGAUCCAACACCAUCAAACAUGAACCAGAGAACAGAGCGGCUCAGAUCCAGAGGAGGCAGAGCAGCCCAGGUUGUGGUCAUCGGGUUGCACCUCCACGUAGUGUUCUGUCCGGCAGUAUCAGCAGCCCGGGAUUGUUCAGCAGUAGAUACAGUGAUCUGGGUAAUGGCGAUAGCCCCGGGAGGCUCAGCAGCCCCAGCAGCGAGGGUCCGAAGCCCCAGCUUCCUCAGAAGAAAGAAAAGAAAGAUUUCCCUAAACCCACUAUAAACGGAUUGCCUCCCACUCCAAAGGUUCUAAUGGGAGCGUGUUUUUCCAAAGUGUUUGAUGGCUGUCCCUUGAAGAUUAACUGUGCGACCUCCUGGAUACACCCAGACACCAAAGACCAAUAUAUCAUCUUUGGUACGGAGGAUGGUAUUUACACGUUGAAUCUGAAUGAACUUCAUGAAACCACAAUGGAGCAGUUGUUUCCUCGGAAAUGCACCUGGCUCUACGUUAUCAAUAAUACCCUGAUGUCCCUGUCGGAAGGUAAAACUCUCCAGCUUUAUUCACACAACCUGAUAGGCCUGUUUGAGCAAGCCAAAAAGCCUGGCCUAGCGGCACAUAUACCGGGCCACCGCUUUCCUGACCGGAUACUGCCCAGGAAAUUCGCCUUGACGACCAAAAUCCCUGAAACCAAGGGCUGCCACAAGUGCUGCAUUGUACGGAAUCCAUACACGGGACACAAGUACUUGUGCGGAGCCCUGCCGUCUGGCAUCGUCUUACUCCAGUGGUAUGAGCCUAUGCAGAAAUUCAUGUUGAUAAGGCAUUUUGAUUUCCCUCUGCCAAGCCCGCUAAACGUGUUUGAAAUGCUGGUGAUCCCAGAGCAGGAGUAUCCCAUGGUCUGCGUAGCCGUCAGCAAAGGGGUGGAAGCCGGGCAAGUCGUCCAGUUUGAAACCAUCAACCUGAGCUCUGCUUCUUCCUGGUUUACGAAGAUCGGCACAGAAGGUCACCAGCUGGAGGCCAUACACGUGACGCAGCUGGAGAGAGACACGGCCUUGGUCUGUCUGGACCAUGAUGUAAAAAUUGUGAACCUCCAAGGGAGGCUAAAGUCUAGCAAGAAACUGGCAUCAGAACUCAGCUUUAAUUUCCACAUUGAAUCAGUAGUGUGCCUUCAGGACAGCGUGCUUGCCUUCUGGAAACACGGCAUGCAGGGCAAGAACUUUAAAUCAAACGAGGUUACACAAGAAAUUUCUGAUGAGUCCAGAGUGUUCCGUUUAUUAGGAUCAGACAGAGUGGUCGUGCUGGAGAGUCGUCCGACGUUGAACCCGACUGCCCACAGCAACCUCUACAUCCUGGCCGGACACGAGAACAGCUAUUAGAUAGCCAUUCAGCAUGCGCGUGUGCGACAUACGACAUAGGAAUAUAAAUUCCAACAUAAGUGUCCCUGCUUGGGUGCUAUACAGGGUGGAUUGCGCCUCGCCUUUUCCUCGUGUAUUAUUGGGUAGACUUUAUUUUUUAACUUUUUUUUUUGUUUUACCUGCUGGCAACGGCUACAUUUCCUGUCACCACCAUGUGGUGUUGGUUUUAUCCAGAUGUUCAAUAAAAAGCUGUGAUACAA